AUGGCGCUGCUCACCUCUGAUCCCCGGAGGACAAGGAUCAUUACUGUGAUCGCUUGUACCGUCACCUCGCUGGCAUGCGGCACAAAUUACGGAUACUCAGUAUGGGGACCCAGCUUCGCCGCACGUCUCAGGUUGUCCGCGACAGACAGCAAUCUCAUCGGGACUAUGGGCAACCUGGGAAUGUAUGCCUUUGGCAUUCCGUUGGGCAUUAUGGUUGACGCCAGAGGUCCAAGAUGGGGGGUUGUCUUGGCCAUCAUGCUGUUUGCAGCAGGUUACUACCCGAUCGCCAAAGCAUAUGAGGCCGGGCCCGGGGUUUACAGUGUGGCGUUGAUAUGUGUCUUCUCUUUCUUCACUGGCGCGGGAAGUUGUUCAGCAUUCACCGCGUCAAUCAAGGCUGCCGCCUUGAACUUCCCCGAAACGCGAGGGACGGCAACAGCCUUUCCACUGGCGGCGUACGGUCUGAGUGCACUGUUGUGGGCAGCCAUCGCAUUGCUACUGCCACCUGGGACAUACAAUUUCCUCAUCCUCCUGGCCACCGGCACUGUUGUAUUACCGCUGAUCUCUCUCCCUUUCCUCCGGAUCUCACCGCCGCAGACCUAUCACCAUCUUCCGCAACACGAACAGCAAGUCCUCCACAGGACCAGGUCUCCAAAUAGCCCAAAUCCUCUUCAUCCACAAGGACCAGGUGCGCCAAGCCAUACCCGCAAGAACCCCUACUCAAGCAGCAUCGAAUCUCACGAAUCCGAAGCAAUGCCCGAGUCAUCCGACGAAAACUCUUCCCUUCUAUCCAAAUCCUCUGCUGAAGACGUCCAAGGCUCGGAGAGUUCGAAGCACCAUGAAUCUGACAGAAAUCAUGAAUCGCCGCAUCUAGAUAUCAGGGGCUUUGCUCUCUUGCGACUGGCCGAAUUCUGGCAGCUGUUCUGCAUGCUUGGACUCUUGACCGGGAUUGGCUUGAUGACCAUCAACAACAUUGGCAACGACGCCCAAGCUCUCUGGAAACACUACGAUCCAUCAGUCACGUCGGCCUUCAUCGAAAAGCGCCAAGCGGUGCAUGUGUCCAUCCUCUCGUUCUGCAGUUUCACAGGCCGUCUCCUUUCUGGCAUCGGCUCUGACGUUCUAGUGGCGAAGUUCGACCGUUCCCGCUUUUGGUGUCUGUUUGCAUCCGCCGUCACGUUUUGCGUCGCCCAAAUCCUUGCCACCGCCAUCUCCAACCCGCACCUGUUGGUCCUCCUGUCCGGCUCGACAGGGCUCGCCUAUGGCGUUCUGUUCGGCGUCUACCCCAGUCUUGUGGCGCAUUGCUUUGGCGUCCACGGGAUGAGUCAGAACUGGGGAACGAUGACCCUGGCGCCGGUCGUCUCGGGGAACAUCUUCAACCUCCUGUACGGCCGCAUCUACGAUGCCCACUCGGUGAAAAACGACGACGGCAACGUGGAAUGCUUGGCUGGCAAGCGCUGUUACAGUUCGGCAUACUGGGUUACCUUUGGCGCUGGCGUGCUCGGGGUCGGCUGUUGUCUCUGGAGCAUCUGGCACGAGUUCAAGGUGCACCAGAUCAAGACGGGUAAGGAGAGACAGAGGAGUGACCAUGAAAGAAUUGCCUAG